CGGAAGACGAAGUGCGUGGUUGUGGUCAAGUUGAGCCGAUUCCUUAGCUGUUAUAUGCGACGUCGAUGUUUUAUCGCGUUUUCUAUCAUGUCAGUUUUUCUCCUCCUCCGACAGGGCAUAUCAUUCAGUUCUUCGAAUAAAAGGCCACAGAAUUUGUUGUCCGAUAAAAAUGUAGCUCAAUCAGUUAUUGACAACAUUGGAGAACCUGUGGCUGUAGUUUUGGUUAUGGCAGCGAAAAGAGAACGUGCUAUCAGAAAUCAUUUAGAUCAAUUGAUAAAAUUGCGACCUUCUGCCGCUCAGUUUCCUAUUGUUAUCAGUCAAGACGGAACUGAUCAGGCGGUAACGGAAACUAUUUCAUCUUUUACUAGUGAGGAAAAAAAAAUUGGUUUUAUUCAUCACAAAGAACAAGCAGAACCUCCUGGGGAUUUGGAUUCUGGUUCCAAAAAUUAUUUUCACAUUGCACAUCAUUACAAGUGGGCUCUUGACAAAAUAUUUUUUGAAAUGAAGUAUGAGAUAGCGAUUAUCACUGAAGAUGAUCUGGACCUAGCGGAUGAUUUUUUUUCGUAUUUUGCGGCUUCAAAACCUGUAUUGCUUACUGAUAAAACAGUUUGGUGCAUCAGUGCAUGGAAUGAUAAUGGGGGUGCUAACAUCACUGAUCGUAAACAUGGGGAGAGACUUUACAGGACAGAUUUUUUUCCAGGACUAGGAUGGAUGCUUAGAGCAGAGUUAUGGGAUGAAUUAUCAACCAGCUGGCCUGAAAUAUAUUGGGAUGAUUGGAUGAGACGUCAAAAUGUACGCAAAGAAAGAGUUUGCAUCCGACCAGAAGUUUCAAGAACUUCUCAUAAUAAUGAUUUGGCAGGAAAAGGUUCAAGUGGUGGAUUAUACAAGAAAUAUCUGGCCUCUAUUCGUUUACCUGAAAUAGCAGUUGAUUUUUCGAAACUGGAUUUAAGCUAUUUAAUCAAAAGUAACUAUGACAGUUUGUUAAAUCAAGAAAUCUCACGUGCUGUUAUGAUAUCAGUAGAUGAAUUUUUGGAUAGGACUUUUUCUGGAUCCGGGCCUUUCUUUAUAACAUAUAAAACGCCUAGGGAUUACCGGCGCUUCGGGAAAUCUGUUGGAUUAAUGCUUGAUAUCAGGUCUGGAAUGCCACGAACAGCAUAUUAUGGCAUCGUAACUUUCAUGUACUGUUCGGAACGUUUUUAUGCAGCUCCAGAAAAGUUAAAUUUUUCUGCACAUAAUUUUGGUCUACGACCUUCAUCUGACUAUUAUAACGAAAAAUGGGAUAAAAUGACUCGCUACCUCGAAUUCCAGGAAACGUAUUGCACACCUACAAAGUAUAAAGGGAAAUGCGACCCCAAGGAUCCAGAUCUUAUUGCAUGGUUCGCGAAAAAAAAAUUAUCAAAAAGACUGAAACAUUGGGGUGAAAUGAUCGUCAACUAAACGGAUUGGGAUACGCGAU